AUGGGAGGCAUGAUGAACGGACACGGGCAAGAAGAAUACGAGGAAGAAGAGACUCUUAAUUCGGAUAACAAAACUCUCGAAAAGGCCGGUGACGACAAAGGCCAACAAUUUCAAAGCCAGGGAACGCCGACCCAAACAGCUGAAUCAUUGGAAGAACCAUCGCCAACUGUGCCUACCGAGCCUGCAGGUCGAGGUGGUUUGCGCGGUCGUGCGGCAGCGGCUCGUGCUCGCGGGUUCGCUGCACGGGGUCGUGGACGAGGCGACUUCCACGGUGCAGGCACAGUGCGCCCCUCUUCUCCUCUCCCACCCAACGUUCCUACCGGUCCACGGAAUCCCAAUACCCGGUCAUACAAAGAUAAGGACCGUGACGGGGACAGUAAGCUCGACGGUCUGGACUACGGUGGAGAUCGUGAGCGGACUCAGUCCGAGGAUGGCCGUAGGCAUCGAGACCGUGAUCGUGACCGGGAGCGCGAACGGGAAAGGGAGCGCGAGCGUGAUCGUGAUCGUGACCGAGAGAGGGACAGGGACCAUCGAGAGCGGGAUAGAGAGCGGGAUAGAGACCGUGAUCGGGACCGAGAGAGAGACAGGGACCGAGACAGGGAACGGGAACGGGGAAAGAGUGAGGUCAGAGACAAAGCUGGAUCUGGGAGGAAACGGGCACACUCUCGAGAGAGUGACGAAGGGAGUCGAUCCAAACGGCGUUAG